GGGGGGUUGAAAUGCAUUGUGGGGCUGCAAGGCUAGCCGUUUUCAGGAACUAGCAGCAGAUGCUCAUCCGUCACUUCAAAACUCGUGAUAAACUCGGCUAGGUAGCAGCAUGCAAUGGAUUCCUCUGAAACGCAGCCUUUACCAAGCAGUGACAGCAGAGAGGACACGGCACCGAGCACAUCAAAAACAUCAGGCCAUGGACAAGACGCACCAAAGCCAAAGAAAGCGUCUUUGAAGAGGACCACCGGUGAGCCCAAAAAUGCAAAAUCCAAAAAGCGAAAAAAGCCCAGGGUCUCCCAGCCUGGCUACAGAGUGGAACAAGGGGAAGACAUGCUUUUUGUCAUAUCGAGUACAACCUCUCAGUAUGAGGGCUCUGCCUGGAAGCCCCCAAAGAAGGGCAGCAAAAAGAAAAAGCUAGCGAAAGGAAAAAGUAAAGCUGGGCAGAGUGUGAGAAAAAAGACCGUUCGUGCUCCCAAGCCUAAACUGGUGGCUGUGCCCGUUGAAAAGACAGAAAAAACAGACGUUACGUUCUUUGUGCCUCAAGAUGCUAUGGACCACAGGUGGGGUCAAAGUGUUCCUGAGGAGGUGCUCAUCAACAUUUUUCAAUUCGUGGUCACCCAAGACGGUGCUGUACCAUUUCUAUGCAGGGUGGGGAGAGUUUGUCAUCUGUGGAAUGCCGCUGCCUCCAGUCCUGCCCUGUGGAGAAAGGUCACUAUAGGUCACUGCUGGAUCGCACCUGGGAAAAGCCAACAACCAACCACUGAGAAGAGGAUCAAGGGAACCCUUACCUGGCUGUCACAGAACAGAUUCUCCCAGCUUCGAGACUUCUCUCUCUAUCACUGGAAAAAAAACGUUAACUAUGCAGUCGAGACGGUGUCGCAGAACUCGCCCCACCUCCGCUCCCUCACGCUCUCGUACUGUACGGGCCUGACGGGGGACGCCUUCCACAGCCUCAGUCUGCACAGCCGGUCUCUGCAGAGCAUCAAUCUUCAAUAUUCAGAGUUUCAGGUUGAAGGAUUCCUGGAGUUCCUGGAAAGCCAUGGGAGCCAGAUCAAGCAAAUGCUGUACACUCAUGGAAUAAGUUAUAACAGAGUCCUGGCUGCCGUCACAAGGGGACUCUGUCCGGAUUUGGAGUUGUUGGAGGUGAACACAAAACUUGACAGUAAGGACUGUGAACUUCAUAUCAACAUCCAGGCACUUCAGAUGGCAUGCCCUAACCUCAAGACCUUCCGGAUGCUAAAUGUCAGACCUCUGCUUAAGACAUUUCGCAACGAUGCCGAUUCAACGCUAGGCUUCCCGUUGCUGGAGGAGAUGUGUAUCGCAACCACGUCUUAUUCCUACAUGACCGACAAAGACCUGAGGGACAUUCUCUCUGGCUCCACCAGGCUGCGCGUGCUGGACCUCCGAGGCUGUUCGAGAAUCACACCCUCCGGUCUUGCAGCCCUGCCUUGUGAUGAGCUUGAGUGUCUCUACUGGGGACAGUACUUCACCAGUAACGUUGGGUCGUCGUCCACUAAAAAAGGACUUCACAUGGUGACAGAGAAGUGGAGUCGAACACUGCAACAGCUUGACAUUGCAAAUCAGCUCUUCACUGAGGAGGAGUUGGAGAUAGCAAUGAGCUACUUUGGUCGGGGAACAGAGGCAGACACGCUGCGUUCACUCAACCUGAGUGGGACCAGGAUCACGCCCCCUGCACUCAGGUCAGUCAUUGGCCAGAUGACUUCUCUUAACUACCUCAACCUUUCAUCAUGCCGUUAUCUUCCAAGAGGAAUGAAGAGAAUCUACAGAGGCCAAGAAGACAUUCGCCAGCUGCUAGACAAAUUGGACUAGAUUUCAUAUGUUUUUGCUUACAGAAAUGAGGGAACUGAUUCUUACUGAUGUAAACAUUUUAGAAUGCCUCUUUUUGUAUUAUGUUGUAAAGUAAUGUAGGUAUUUUACCCUGAAAUGUUUUUUUAAAUGUGUUUUACAUGAUUUCUGUUAUCAGCAUGUUUGAUAUACUCCUCACUUCACCAUUUAAGAAAAAUAGCUAAACUCAGGCUUGAUGUGUCCAGAGCUAAGGCUACUGCAACUCUCUUUUCAUACAUCUUAGCAUCUCACCUUGAACCGCCUACAAAUAAAAAAAUGCUGCUGCUUAGCAGCUGGUAAAAUCAUCUUAAAGGUCUCAUGUUACACAUGUCUUUGUGUCUUUGGCUUCCCAUUCAUUACAGAAUCCAGUUAGAAAUUCUUGUGAUUUUGUAUUUACAAGCACCUAAUUGUAUUCAAGAACUUGUGAAGCUGUACAACACCAGCAGGACCCUGAGGUCCUCUGAUCAGGGCUUGAUGAUGGAUCCUCACAUCAGACUUGAAUCUUAAGAAGAGUGUGCCUUUCAGGUUUUUGCUCCUAAUAUUUAGAAAAGUCUCCCACUGGAACUGAGAGCUGUGAACUCUGAAGAUAUUUUAAAAAAAACAGUUGUUCAGACUUGCCUUUGUUUGAUCCAUCUAUGUCUGCUUUCAUGUAAUUGUCUAUAUUAAAUUACUUUUUGAACUGUU